AUGGGGAUCACGGUGCGUCUACGUGUGUCAUGUGACCUGGUGAUGGGGAUCGCGGUGCGUCUACUUGUGUCAUGUGACCUGGUGAUGGGGAUCGCGGUGUGUUUACGUGUGUCAUGUGACCUGGUGAUGGGGAUCGCGGUGCGUCUACUUGUGUCAUGUGACCUGGUGAUGGGGAUCGCGGUGUGUUUACGUGUGUCAUGUGACCUGGUGAUGGGGAUCGCGGAUGGCCGAGGAUUUGGCAUCGGGGAGCUGGUGUGGGGCAAGCUGCGCGGCUUCUCGUGGUGGCCCGGCCGAAUCGUUUCCUGGUGGAUGACGGGAAGAAGCCGAGCGGCGGAGGGGACCCGCUGGGUCAUGUGGUUCGGGGAUGGCAAGUUCUCUGUGGUGUGUGUGGAGAAACUGCUGCCGCUCAGCUCGUUCACCAACACGUUCCACCAGGCGACCUACAGCAAGCAGCCCAUGUACAGGAAGGCCAUCUAUGAGGUGCUACAGGUGGCCAGCACUCGAGCCGGGAAGGCUUUCCCAUCAUGCCCGGAGAAUGACGAGACGGACACCUCCAAAUCUAUAGAACUCCAGAACAAGCAGAUGAUUGAGUGGGCCCUUGGUGGCUUCCAGCCAUCCGGACCCAAGGGCCUGGAGCCCCCCGAAGAGGAACGCAACCCGUACAAAGAGGUUUACACAGAAAUGUGGGUGGAGCCGGAAGCUGCCGCAUACGUCGCCCCUCCCCCUCCCGCCAAGAAACCUCGCAAAAGCACAGUGGAGAAGCCGAAGGUGAAAGAGAUCAUCGAUGAGCGCACACGAGAGCGGUUGGUCUUUGAAGUCAGACAGAAGUGCCGACACAUUGAAGAUAUCUGCAUCUCCUGCGGCAGUCUGAACGUCACCCUGGAACACCCGCUAUUCAUGGGAGGGAUGUGCCAAAACUGCAAGAACUGCUUUCUGGAGUGCGCGUACCAGUAUGACGAUGACGGCUACCAGUCCUACUGCACCAUCUGCUGCGGCGGGCGGGAGGUGCUCAUGUGCGGGAACAAUAACUGCUGCAGGUGUUUCUGCGUGGAAUGCGUGGACCUGCUGGUGGGACCCGGCGCGGCUCAGGCGGAGCCGGCAAAGUUCUAUCCUCCGAUACCAGCUGAUAAGCGGAAGCCUAUCCGUGUACUUUCUUUGUUCGACGGCAUUGCUACAGGUCUAUUGGUGCUAAAGGAUCUGGGGAUCCAGGUAGACCGGUACAUCGCCUCCGAGGUGUGCGAAGACUCCAUCACAGUGGGCAUGGUGCGACAUCAGGGCAAGGUCAUGUACGUGGGAGACGUACGCAACAUCACCCGUAGGCAUAUUCAUGAAUGGGGUCCAUUUGAUUUAGUGAUUGGGGGAAGCCCGUGUAACGAUCUUUCCAUCGUGAAUCCAGCUCGGAAAGGUCUGUUCGAGGGCACCGGCCGCCUCUUCUUCGAGUUUUACCGCCUGCUGCACGAAGCGCGGCCGAAGGAAGGAGACAACCGGCCAUUCUUCUGGCUCUUCGAGAAUGUGGUGGCCAUGGGCAUUAGCGAUAAAAGGGACAUCUCCCGCUUCCUGGAGUCAAACCCGGUGAUGAUCGAUGCCAGGGAGGUGUCGGCCGCGCACCGGGCCCGUUACUUCUGGGGGAACCUUCCCGGCAUGAACAGACCUCUGGCCUCCACCGUGAAUGAUCGACUCAGUCUACAAGACUGCCUGGAGCACGGCAGGAUAGCAAAGUUUAGCAAAGUCCGAACCAUCACCACUAGGUCCAACUCCAUCAAGCAGGGCAAAGACCAACACUUCCCCGUCUUCAUGAACGAGAAGGAAGACAUUCUCUGGUGCACCGAGAUGGAACGGUGA